AGAGUAUUUUCACAAUAUCUUACGCUUGUCCGCGGAGCUGUCUCCAUCCUCUUUGUCUGCUGUUGAAGUUUCAAAUUGCUUGACAAAUAAUCAGUGGAAGGAGUUUCCCAUCAGAACAGACCAUGUCAUCUGGAACCUUUCACAAAAUCCUCAAACCCCUUUUGUUCACUACUUUUAUUGUUGGAUGCUUUGUGAUUGGCUUUUUAAUGUAUUAUAAGCCCUCCACUGGCUGGUUAAAUCAUCUGUUAAAAUUCUCAGAUUCUGUAACCAACAGCCAUGAUGUCUUUACCAAAAAGAAUGAGUCAUCCAAUUCCAAAAAUCUCAUCUCUCAAAUUUCUCCGGAAAAAAAGGAGAAAAACAAGACAGUCAUUCUUGUCUGGCUCCUGCCCUUUGGAAGCAACCAGAAAAUGGAUAUCUGUAGCUCUGCCUUUAACAUUGAGGGCUGUUUCAUUACAGCAGACAAAAAGCUCUACAACAAAUCACAUGGAGUCUUUUUCCACCACAGAGACAUUCAUAGGGACCUGUCCAACUUGCCAAAGUCACCACGGCCACUGUUUCAGAGAUGGAUUUGGAUGAACAUGGAGUCCCCAACGAACUCACCCAAGCUCCCUGGAAUUAACAACUUGUUCAACCUGACUGUCAAUUACCACCAAGAUUCUACUGUCCAAGUACCUUACGGAUCUAUUAUACCAGUAGAACCUCAAGAAAACUUUGUACUACCAAACAAAAACAAACUAGUCUGUUGGAUUGUUAGUAACUGGAACCCCAAUUAUGCAAGGGUGAAAUAUUACAGAGAAUUACAAAAGCACAUUAAGAUUGAUGUAUACGGCCGAGCCUUUGGAAAAUACAUCGGCACGCAAGAUUUCCACCCUACUAUAUCUAGCUGUAAAUUCUAUUUGUCCUUUGAAAACUCAGUCCACAAGGACUACAUCACUGAAAAACUGUACAACCCCCUGUCUUUGGGCACAGUGCCAGUGGUUCUUGGCACAACUAGACAGAACUAUGAGAACUUUGUUCAAGGAGAUGCCUUUAUCCAUGUGGAUGAUUUCAAAUCACCCAAAGAGCUGGCCGAUUACCUGCAUCUCCUGGACAAGAACCAGGAACUGUACCUUGCAUAUUUUAAAUGGAGAAAGCACUUUAAAGUCCAAAGACACACUUUUUGGACAGAACAUGCAUGCAAGGCUUGUGAAUACAUAAGAAAACAUAAAGAAUACAGGGUAAUAAAUGACCUCAUUAAGUGGUACUGGGGCUAAUGGCCCUUAGAUGGAAUUUGCAACACUCUUUACCUUUUGAGAAAGUGGUACUCAGGACACAAAAAAUAUGUUGCUCUUGAGGACAAAUGUUCUAUUGAAAAUGUGAUAUUACAAUAUGUUACAAUAUUAAUAAUAUUAAAACAUAGCAAUCCAGUUGAAAACGUUAUCAUCUAGCCAGAGUCCAAGGUAAAAUAUGAAGGUAGUUUAACACAACUGAGAUUUCUGUUGCUGAUUCUAAUAUGUCUAACAAUAUGAAGAAAUUUUGAAGCCACUGCAAUAAUUAAUUACAUACAAUGUUACCAUGGAAGCCCUGUCAUAAGACAGUUGCUACCUGAUCAAGUUAUGAAUUGGAUUUUAUUCGGAGUCGACAAAGGAAAGAAAAAAUGUAGAAAAAAA